AUGUCUGGAAACGACUCGAAUAAAUCUCGAGGUUCCCCUCCCAAAGGGCUACCAGAACCGGAGAAGCUUCCACCUGGAUUGCAGAAGCUCGUUGACAGGGCAGAUAAGGAGGAUAACUUUUAUGAUGAAUUAUACGACGGAACCGCCCCUCAAUCUACAGAAAGCAGUAUUCGAUAUGCUGCCUACGCAAGUCGAAUACGGACAGCUCUUCUUUCAGCACAACGAUACGUAGCAUACACUUCAGACAUUGGAGAAUCAUUCAGACCAGUCGCCCAUCCGAAUUGGGUUCGAGCUGCGUACGGUGUUUCCUGGGCAUAUCUAGUUGGAGAUGUGGCACACGAAGGAUACAAGGCAUACUGCAGCAACCAACGCACGAUGUAUCCCUCGUUACCUCGAAUAGCUGCCCACGAACGAUAUAACGACGCCCAGACAGCGACAAGCCCGGAUACGGCGGCUCAUGAAGCCGGAAUAUCCUUGACGCCUCAGAAGGUUUUGCCGAUCAACGAUUAUAGAACGGUUAUGACUCAAAGAGCUAUCUUCCAGGCUGUAGCAUCAAUGGGAUUACCAGCAUUUACAAUCCACUCGAUCGUCCGAUACUCCGGAAGAGCUAUGAAGAACGUCAAGAACGUAAGAGUACGAACGUGGGGUCCUAUCGGAUUGGGAUUGGCAGCUGUACCAGCAUUGCCGUUUAUAUUCGAUGAACCCGUCGAGAAGACUGUUGAAUGGAUAUUCCACAAGGGCUUCGAGACAUUUGGUGGGAAAGAAGCUGUUGGCGAUUCCCCCGCUACCGGACGAGAGCAGAUAUUGGAACAAAAACAAAGGGCGGCAGUUAAGAAGGAGAAAGAGUUAUAG